UUUUUCAGUUCCCAUCAGCUCUCCUGUACAAGGGCUGCACAGCUUCUGUUUGUUCCGACCCUCAUUCCCUUGAGGCAUUUCACUCAAAAAAAAUCUCGGCUUGCUAUGUUUCCAUCUCCGAAUCAGACCAACACCAUCUUCCUCAAAUCUGGUGAGCGGCAAACACUCUCUCUGUUGAUUUUCCUCAUCUGGGUAGUGAAGAAUAAUCUUGUUAAUCAUGUCUCCCUACCUGAAUCUUGCUGCAUAUGCUGCACUGUUGCUUCUCACUAGCUUCGUAGUCAUUCUCUUCAAGAUACAUGUUAGGAUUUUGGAAGGCAUCCAUACAUAUAUACAUCCUGAGAGUGUUGGCGGUGGUCCUCAAGGAAAUGUUAGGGCCGCCAUUAGAAGGCCCGAACCUGAAAGAGGCUCAGACCUACGUGGUUAUACCAACCUUGCAACGGAUGCUGAUCCACGGAUGCCCACAAAUCAAAAACCCACAAUCAAUGGUUCCAAUAAGAGAAAGGAUCGAGGGAAGGAGAAGAGUGGAUUCGACGAGGCGAACGCUCAGAUUUUCCGGCUUCGACUGUCCGAAGAUCACCUUCGAACACGAGUCUAUUUUGCGGAGUGCAAAGAGGCUGUUCUUUAUUCAUGCCUUAGCUUCUCCUGCCUUGUUGUUCAUCAUUUCCUUCCGAUUUCGCCCAAGUCUGAGGGUAUAAGCCCUGCCCACCUCCUCUUCGAGGGAUCUAUGGUGCCAACUCUGUUAGGUGUCUUUUCCGUGUGCAAAUUAUCAAUGUUGCUCGCGAAGAUCUCCUUUGAACGAUCGGCGUCGAAGAGAUCCGAGAAACAGGCCAGUGUAUUGUGCGGGAUGUUGGGAUUUGUGAUUGUUCUUGUGAUUCUGUCCGUGGCAAAUCCUGCUAUUUUUUAUUUGAAAUUUGGUCGGAUGGGGGAUGGUGCUGGUCAUGAUGUCAAUGUGGAUGACACAGAGAACUUUUUAGAGAUUGGGUUUUCAAAGAUCUUGCUGGCAGUUUACGCCGGUUGCAUAUCGGGGUUUCUUUACAUUCCUGCAUGUAGAGCUGCACGAUCAUUCUGGCUUGGUACUGAUCAACUCCAUUGGGAUCUGUCUGUUAUUUCCUGCGGUAAAAUAGCUAGAGUGUUUCUGUACAUUAAUCUCCUGAUGUCGGUUUUUACUGCUUCGCUCUGGACUAAACCUAUGGUCGUCGUCCUUGCCAAUGGUGAGCAGGGAAUGCUGGUGCCUGUUGAGAAAUCAGGCUCUUUGAAUUCUCUAGAGGAUGGCCCUAUAACUGGAUAUACUGAUAUUCUAUCCAUAAAGAAUCAAGAUGGUAAUUCAAAAGAUCCAAUUUUGAUUGAAAGUGGUUCAAAGUUAAGGCACUCAAAAAUGGAGAAAAAGUACGAUGAUGAAAGGUGGGUUCGUCAGAUGGGAAUGCAUCGAACUACUUUUGAUAAAUUUAGGUUAUGGUGUUUGCUGGUUUCAUCAGUCAUACAGUUGCUUUUGUUGCGGCGCAAUGUGCAGAUGUAUUUGAAUGAGGCGGUCCUCUCAUGGUAUCAGAGAUUACACACAAGCAAGGUGCCAGACUUGGAUUUCAGCAGGGCUAAGCUGUUUUUGCACAAUCACUAUAUAUACCAAGUUCUCCUGCAGUUCUUGAUACCUCCAACAUUGCAAGGUUUUCUUUCCUGGGCAGAUGGAAUCUGGCUGAGAUGAAGUCUAUUGAAAAUGAUGUGAUUUUUAUACAGAUUUCAUGUGAUGGAGAGUUCAUUUUACCAGUCAUAACCAACAUGCUGUUUGGAUUAUCGAUUGGCAUUGUUUAGAUGGUUGACUCGUUGAAGUUCUGUGGCUUAUCUGAUGUUUUGAUCAACAGAAAGUCUAGCUUCAGAGGACUGCUUCCGUCUUCAUAAGACUGUAGUUUAGUGUAUUUAAAAAGUAUCUGCUAUGCUGGGCCUAAAGCCAUUUUCAUGUACUGAUGAAGAAAAAAUAAGAUACAAUGCGUUUGAGCUGAUGAAAGUCCGCUAUACAUGGCCUAAGCAGGCUGUCUGAAUUGGUGAAGAAAAGUUAUCUAAUGUAAUUUGAAUGACGACUGGGAAGUUCAUAUUCUGCCAAGUGCCAUCAUCCUGAAUUCACAUAAUCAGGUGCAUAUCACCAGGAAAUAUUUAGGUUCUCCCGUCUGUUGAUUUGUUACAGAGCUCUUUUGAUCCUUCUCCCAGUGGUUUCCCUUCUUUGAUAUCUUGCGAGACACACCCACUAAGGCCUACUCCUUUGUUGCUUCUAGGCUUUUUCUGUAAAGCCAGAUACUGUGGUGAUUAUGCUUGAGGCUAGCAUAAUUGGAGAUUUUGCCAUCUUUUCUCAUAGGUUGUGCUGGGCGAGUAAUGCACAGCAUGUCAUCACAGUGUUGUUCCUUCUUUUUAUUUAUAUGAAAUCUGCUUAAGUUCUGAUUA